AUUCCUUGGGGAACAAAACAGAGGUUUCUUGUUUCCACUGUCACUCUCCAGUCUCCUCUCCUUGUAAAAAAUCAGAGAGAGAGGCCCAAAGAAAAAGGGAAAAAAUCCGGUGGUGAAUAUGAGGAGGGAUAGCUGUUUGGCAAAAGUAACUGCUGGCGUUGUCGUCGGGGGCGCUAUUGGCGGUGCCGUUGGUGCUUGUUAUGGAACUUUUGACGCUAUCAGAUGCAAGGUUCCUGGCCUUCUGAAAAUCAGAUAUAUUGGCCAAUCCACGCUGGGAAGUGCUGCGGUCUUUGGUCUUUUCUUGGGCGCUGGAAGCUUGAUACAUUGCACGAAGUGAUAUACGUUUUGCUUGUCUACGUCUGAUGUUAGUUGUUAGUUGACGUUGACUUGGCCCUUAUAUAUUAUGAUAUUCACAGAACAGUUUCUGUAUUGUGAGUCUGUCCUGGCAACAUUUCUGUAGCUCGUUUCAAAGGUUGUUCCAUAAACAGCUUCGUGGAGAUAAAUUUAAGUACAGCAUUUCAAUACCUUGGCUCUGUGCUGGGAUUUUACCAUUUAUCAUUUCUAUAUUAGAAAUUGGAAUACUUGAUGUA